AUAUUUUCAAAUCUUAUCAUCAAUAUAUUUUUGUUGUCUUUAGAUUCCCGGGAAAGAGAAGGAAAAUGCGAGAAAAGUUGGCAUUUAAUUUUUAAGUAUAUUUUUCUUUAAAACCUUACAGCUCAAGUUUGGUAGUAAGUAAGCAGACAUUUAAUCCCAAGAAACGAUUAAAUCUUUUAUACUACUUCGAGAAAGAAGAGUCUUUUGACUUUAAUUUCUUCUGAAUUUUGCAAAAACCUCUUUGAAGAAAUUGGUUGCUUUUAAAGUGAUUAAGGCAUGGUUUAAUUGAUUAUCGUUGUCAUUUAUUUCAACCGAAGAUCAUCAAAUCCGUCUCUACUCACCUAACUCAGCGACGGCCAUUCUUCGAGUUGAAAACAAGCAAAACCCUAGAAGCAGUCUUGUUGGAUUUGAUCAUAGAAGCUGAUGAGGUCAAGAGGUGAUGCAUACGAAGCAGAUGGUAGAUCAGAUACUGGCUCUUCAAGAAGCGAAGAAGAAACAGGCCUCAAGGAGAAACAUUCGCGACAUGGGUCUCAAAGAUCUGGGAAAAACGAGCUUGGAGAGCCAAAUUACGGAUCAGAUUCCUCGUCUAGGAACCCAAUUGAGUAUACAGAACAAGAACGAGCUGAGCUUCUAAGAAGGUUAGAUUCAAUCAAAGAUCAUCUCCUUCGUGGUAAUGCGGUUGAUAAACCAAAAGAAACAGCUCCGAAUCAGCCAUUCCUCAGACCAGUCCAUCUCCAUGGUCCUCCUAAUCCUGGACCUUCUUAUUACCAUCCAUAUCCAGAGCCUUUUCCUUACCCUGGAAUGCAUCCUCAAGGCUAUCAUCAUCAAGAUCCUUAUGGAUUCAAUAACCAUAGAAGACCACCUCCGGUUCCAAAUCCAAGCUGGUAUCCUCCUGGUCACUACCCUAAUCAGAUGGCUCGUCCAUAUCCUCCUGGAGGAGGGCAAUACGUUGAAAUUGGUUCUGAUAUAGUUGAGCCACAUUCAUACUUUCCAGCUACACCGAGUAGGUACAGUGAUAUGCCUCCGUACAGCCCUGUUUCCUCUCACCAUCGUGGCGAGAAACUCACAUCACCCUACAGUCCACCUGUUCACAACUAUAAUAACAGUUUGAUGAGCUCUCCAGGUCCUCGAGGUGGGUUUGCGAGGUGGCCAAGUGAUAUUGAUUCUGAAAUGGGCGGUGGGGCUUUUGCUCGUGGGUAUGUUAAGAAAGCUGUUUCGGAUAGUGAUGCUCGUCGUUGCCAUCCUCUUGCUGGUGGUGCUCCUUUUAUCGCUUGUCAUAGUUGCUUCGAGCUGCUUUACUUGCCUAAGAAGAAGCUUUUGGCUCAGGAAAGGCAACAUAAGCUUCAAUGUGGUGCUUGCUCUCAAGUUAUUAGUUUCACAAUCGUCGACAAGAAACUCGUUUUCUCCUCUGGUAAUGAGGAAACAGACAACACGGUCUCUCUAGAGGCUGAAGAUAGAAGCGCGACAAACAACACAGUGAACAACUCAGGUAGCGAUUUUCCGCGAAAGGAUGAAGAAGAACCAAUACAGGAAUCAAACCGGGAUACUACGCAAAGCAUUAAGUCUGAAUCUCAACACUCAGAUGAUGAAGAAAGAUGGAGCAUUUCUAGCGAACAACAACAAAAAGAGGUCAAAUCUGUUCGUCGACGAGUUAAAGGCUCGAAAGCUCCUCCAGCACCGGCUGCUCCCGAGAGUGCCAGUCUUCUUGAACUUUUUGAAUAUUCCAAUGUAAACCGAGCUGCACUCGCGUACGGAAUGGCAGAGUUGGGUUAUAUCAAGCAAGAGUCUUUCAUGAAACAGGACUCGCUAAAGCCGGAAUCAGUAGUAGCUACAGAGACAGAGGUUUCAUACAACGGAUACUCCAACACCGAGAUCUCUGAAGAUUCAAGGUACUCAAACGGAAGAGAUGACAACAACAGACCAAGAAGCGGAAAAGGUCGCGAGUCUGGUUCCACGGAGAUCACAACGAGAUCCUCUACUGAUCGAAACGAAGAUCAGUCAUUUGAAGUUUGGGUAAAUGGACAUCUUAUACCGGAAGAUCUAGUAAGCAGUGCUGAGAAAUUAGCUGGACCAAUCCAAGCUGGAAAGUACUGGUAUGACUACCGAGCUGGGUUCUGGGGCGUAAUGGGCAAACCGUGUCUCGGUAUAAUACCUCCAUUUAUUGAAGAGUUUAGCCAUCCAAUGCCUGAUAGCUGCGCUGCAGGAAACACAGAAGUGUAUGUGAAUGGAAGAGAGCUUCACAAGAGAGAUUUCGAGUUACUCGUGGGUCGUGGUCUUCCUCGAGACAAGAACCGUUCUUACAUCGUUGACAUAUCGGGAAGAAUCCUCGAUGGAGAUUCAGGGGAAGAACUUAAGAGCCUUGGCAAAUUAGCCCCAACGAUUGAAAAGGUGAAGCAUGGAUUUGGUAUGAGAGUUCCAAGAUCAUUAGCUUCAUGAAAGUUCCCACCACAUGUCACAAGACACAAUCAAACGAUUGUGCCUCUGGUUUCAUAUCUUCAUAUUAUUUAUUUGUUUUUAAAAAUGUAAAGUGUGCUUUUUAAUUUUCUACUCAUAACAUGGGUUAUAAUUUAUUUAUUUUCCU